ACGGUUACAAGGCAUCAAAGGAAAGAAAAACGACAGCGAUAAUCUUUUUAUCAUCAGAUUUUCGGAUCUAAUUCUGUUCCCUUGUGCCUCCGAAAGUCCAGAUCCGCGAACACGGAAGGGGCCACGUUCGACCAAAAGUCGUCACGUGUCGGCUUUCCGUUUGUCUGGUUUUGCCGUUUAUAAGUAUGCGAGCGAGUUUUGGUGUUAAGGUAUCGCUUGGUGUUAUCGGUGUGAGUGUGAUAUUUGCAGUGCUGAAAAUGUCGCAGUUGUUGGACAAAGCUAAAACUUACGUUGCGGACAAAGUGGCGAACAUGCCGAAGCCAGAGGCGACGGUGGCCGACGUCGAUUUCCAAAAGGUCAGCCGCGACAGCGUCCAGUACUUGGCCAAGGUUUCUGUCUCUAAUCCUUAUGCCACUCCCCUCCCUAUUUGUGAGAUCAAGUACUCCUUAAAAAGUGCAGACAGGGAGAUAGCAUCAGGGACGAUACCUGACCCAGGGUCGUUGAAGGCGAAGGACUCAACAAUGUUGGAUGUGCCAGUGAAGGUGCCACACACGGUGUUACUGAGCUUGGCAAGGGACAUUGGUGCAGAUUGGGACAUUGAUUAUCAGUUGGAUAUUUGGCUCAUCAUUGACCUUCCUGUCGUUGGCAACAUUACCAUUCCUCUUUCUCAGAAGGGAGAGAUCAAGCUCCCAACCAUCAGAGACAUGUUUGCCUAAUCGCUAUUACAACAAACAUCAUUUUCUAUUUACUUUUCUCUUUCACUACUUCUUCACUCUGCAUUUUCUUCUUUUCCUCAAUCCUCAUGCUAUUUCAAAUCACACAUAAUUCUCCCCUUUACAAGUAAUAUCAACAAUUCUACUCCAACCUUAGUAUUUUACCUUGUUUAGUAUUAUUUUGAUUAGAUGUUUUUAAAUAAAUUUUUAGACAAUGUGGUCGUAAGAGUAUUCUAAAUUUGUUGUAAGAAUUUCUCUUAUGUUUCUUGGAUGAAUUGAAACUUCUUUUAUA